AAAGAAAAGUAGAAGGGCUUCGUCAACAAAGUGGAAUUUGUUUUCUGAAAAACUAAAACCCCUCAAGAAAAAUAGUGAAAUUCGCAGCCAUGGGGAGCUCUGAAGAAGCAAAGCUUCAACUGCUUCUUGAAUGGUUAAAGUUGAAUGGAGUGGAAUUGCGCGGUUGUAACAUCAAAUACAGCGAUUCGAACAAAGGGUUUGGCGUAUUUUCAUCUGAUGGCGCUACUGAUGGAGUUUUACUGGUGGUUCCUCUUAAUUUGGCUAUAACUCCAAUGAGGGUAUUACAAGAUCCAAUACUUGGACCUGUAUGUUCAGCAUUGUAUGAGGAAGGAGAAGUGGAUGACAGAUUCUUGAUACUUUUGUUUCUUACUUUUGAAUCUAUAAGGAAGAAUUCUUCAUGGAAACCGUACCUUGAUAUACUUCCAACUAGUUUCGGGAACCCACUUUGGUUCUCUGAAGAUGAGCUUUUGGAGCUAAAAGGAACUACUUUGUUUAAAGCAACCGAAUUGCAGAAGAAGAGUUUGCAGUCCUUGUAUGAUGAUAAAGUGAAAAAGUUGAUGAAGAAGCUUUUGAUUCUUGAUGGUGACUUAGAAAGUGAAGUUUCUUUCCGUGACUUCCUUUGGGCGAAUUCAAUAUUUUGGACACGUGCUUUAAGUAUACCACUUCCUCGUUCUUAUGUAUUUCCCCAAAUUCAAGAAGAGCAACAGAAUCAUGAUUCCAAUUCAGAGUUGGCUAAUGGUGAUAAUGGCAAAAAACAUGAAGUCGAAAAUGGGGUGGAUUCUUCUUCUAUACAAGAAGAAACUGUUUGGGUCGAGGGUCUUGUCCCUGGCAUUGACUUUUGCAACCAUGAUUUAAAGGCUGCUGCAACAUGGGAAGUUGAUGGAACAGGAUCAGCAACCGGUGUUCCAUUGUCCAUGUAUCUUCUUUCCGUCGAAGAAGCUCGUCUUCAAAGUGGGAAAGAGAUAUCAAUUAGCUAUGGUAACAAAGGAAAUGAGGAACUUCUAUACUUAUAUGGAUUUGUCAUGGAUAAUAAUCCAGAUGACUAUAUCAUGCUUCACUAUCCAGCUGAAGCUAUCAAGGAUGUACCGUUUUCUGAAACCAAAAUACAACUUCUAGAAGCACAAAAAGCUGAAAUGAGGUGUCUUUUAUCAAAAACUUUACUUGAUCAUGGGUUCUUCUCGAACAAAAAAGAAACAAAUGGUAAAUGUAAAGAAAAUGAAGUUCCCAAUUUUAGUUGGAGUGGUCAAAGAAAGACUCCAUCUUACUUGAACAAGCUUGUUUUUCCCGAAGAGUUCUUAACUUGCUUAAGGACUAUAGCCAUGGGGGAAGAUGAGAUAUAUAAGGUUACAUCGUUGCUUCAAGAGCUUGUUGGUUCAGAUGGGGAGAGGCAACCAUCAGAUGUAGAAGUUCGUGCAGCAACAUGGGAAGCUUGUGGGGAUUCGGGCGCCCUACAAUUGCUUUUUGAUCUUUUAAAUACAAGGAUGAUGGAUCUAGAAGAGGGCUCUAGAACAGAAGAUUCUGAUACUCAAAUACUUGAGAAGGUCUACUGCUACAAUAAUACACACAAAGAAGGAAAAAGCAAUGGGGCACCAAAGAAGCAAGAAAUCAGUCAAAACAAAUGGUCAAGCAUAGUAUACAGGCGAGGUCAAAAGCAACUCACUCAACAGUUUUUAAAAGAAGCAGAACACGCGUUACAAUUAGCUUUAAGCCAAGGCAAUUAAAAUAAAACCUGCCUUUGACUGGAUUAGUGGCAACUCUAUCUUCUAACAAAAGAUUUAUCAUCACCUGCUACUUUGAUUAUGAUUUUUUGGCUGGGGGUUGAUUCCAAUGCAUUAUGCUGAUUUUUCCUUGUGGCAAUGCUUCCUUGACUUGUACUAGGUGCAUUAAGUGUAGUACAUGUUACAUUUGGCUGGUGAGGUUAUAUGUACAUGACCCAUCUUGUUUUGUCAUUCUUUUUGGCUUGCAGCUUGUUCGUUGACUCAUGUAUUUUGCAUUACUGAACAUCCUUUUGUGGAAUUUCUCUUUCAAAUUA